CUUCUGCAAACAGGGAGUGUGGAUGCUUAUUUAAACCGCGCUGCACUUGCUCUGUACGUUUAUUCUACGAGGACGAUCGGGACACUCGCCAUGACGACCCAUCCAGUUGCAAACAUGUCCCUCGCCGUUCCGUUAGAGGAGCAGUUCAAGUGCUGCAUCUGUCUGGACAUCUUCACCCACCCGACCUCCAUCCCAUGUGGUCACAACUUUUGCCUGGAGUGCAUUGAGGGAUUUUGGGACACUAAGAGAAAGCCCGAGUGUCCUUUGUGCAAAGAGAAAUUCAAAAAGCGACCAUCACUGAAGAUCAACUGUGGAUUUGCUGAAAUCAUUGAGAUUUACAAAAGGGCUCAAGAGGAAAGUGCGAACCUUGCGACGCCGCCAGGAAGCAGGAAAAAUUCCCUGAACCCGCUUUGCGAGGCUGACCAAGUUCCCUGUGACGUUUGCUGCGGAGACAAGUCCCCAUCGGUCAAGUCGUGUCCAACCUGCCUGCUGUCUUAUUGCGAACUUCACCUCACGCCACACGAGAGGGAUGCGGCGCUGCAGAAGCACCAGCUGAUGGAUACGGCCACUUUCAUCACAACUCACCUCUGCGGAAAACACAGGAAGCCGCUGACCAAGUUCUGCACGAGCGACCAGAAGCCUGUUUGUGUGAAAUGUACAGAGAGGGAACACAAACACCACACCAUAGUACCGAUAGAGAAGGAGAGGAACAGGGUCAAGACCUCUUUGAGGGACAAAAAGACCAGCAUCAAACAGAUGAUCCAUGCCAGACGCAGAAAGAUGGAACAGAUCAAUAACUCUGUGGAUCUAAGUAAAAAAAUUACAGAGAGGGAGAUCCAGGGCAGUGCUAAGGUCUGCAGCUUGCUCAUAACCGCCAUUGAGAAGAACCAGGCCAGGCUUGUGGAAGAGCUGGAGCAGAAGCAUCAAGAGGCCGAGAGGAGAGCCGCGGAGCUGUUGCAGGAGCUGCAGCAAGAAAUCAGAGAGCUUCAGGCGAGGGGCAUCGAGCUGGUGCAGCUGGAGCAAAGUCAGAGCCCGGUUCACCUCCUGCAGAGUUUCCCAUCUCAAAGUCCACUCCCAUCCACCAGAGAGUGGUCCGAGGUGGCGGUCUACUCUGAUCACUGCAUGGGGGCGGUGACCAGAGCCUUCUCCGAGCUCAUCGCCGUCUGCCAGGAUCUAUCGGACAAACUGUCUGAAGAUGAAGUAGACAGGCUGAAUCAAUACGCAGUCGAUGUCACUCUGGACCCUGAGACUGCUUCAGGUUGGCUCGUCCUGUCUCCGGACAGAAAGAAGGUGGCCGUCGGCAGCCAGAAGAAUAAUUUAGUCCUGGACAGUCCUCGGCGGUUUAACUCCUGCGUUUGUGUUUCGGGGAAACAAAGCUUUGCUACCGGAAGGCGCUACUGGGUUGUUCAGGUUGGAAACAAAACAGACUGGGACCUCGGCGUGGCCCGGGAGUCCAUCAACAGGAAGGGAGCCAUUGCGGUGCGUCCCGACAGCGGAUACUGGGCCAUCUGCCGGCGGAAAGGCGCCGGCCUCAAUGCCUGCGCCGGCCCCUCCGUCAAGCUCUGCCUCAAAGAAACGCCCCAGAAAGUGGGCGUGUUCCUGGACUACGACGAAGGCUUGGUGUCCUUCUACGACGCAGAGGCAAAGACCCACAUUUACACCUACAGCGGGUGUGACUUUAACGAGCCCCUCAACCCGUACUUCAACCCCUGUGUUCCAGACGAGGGGAAGAACAUCGCCCCGUUGAUCAUCUGUCCUGUGGAAGAAAGUGUCAACUGAGUCGCCUGUGUGACUUGUCAUUUUGUAAAGUUCCCAUUUUAGGGAAAUUUAUUUUGUCUUUAAUUUAAUGUAUUUGAUUUUUUUGCAUGAAUGUGAUUUUUGACAGUAUGUAUUUUUUUAUAUGCCUUUAUUUAUUUUUUGAAUUGUGAAUUUUU